AUGGCCUCUGGACACAGCCAAAAGUCUUCUGCUGCUGAACAGGAAGAUGAUGAUGACAAUCUUAUUUCCGCCAUAAUUCAGCAGCAAAGCGAUGCCGCCACAGACCAAUGUGCCACUGGAGUUGACUUUCGGUCACCGGCAGAAACCAAGGAGCUUCUUCUAUUACAACAAGCUAGACUGGAGCACAGGCCAAGAAACACCUUGGACUUCUUGCCAAACAACAAAAACAAAAGACCAACCGACAAUGGGCUCCAGGAGCAUAAUCUUGCAAUUUCUGCUGACGAAACUACUAUUAAUAGUUCCACGCCAAAUAAUCAUCAUCACGAGAUGACGGAGUAUAGCAACAACCAACCUGGGCCACCAAUGCAUGACAUGCAAGCCGGGUCCGCGCCUCCUGGUGCGUAUUCAGGGGCGCCAGGCGCCAAUUACCAUCUUUUGGAACCUGCAAAUAGUGCUGCCAAGGCCCCUGCUACAGUGCGAGAGCGACAGUCAUUGCCGUCCCCGAAGUUUGGGGUCGGCAUGAUGGCGCACUCGGUCAGAAGCAAUCAAGAUGGGGAUUUGGAUAUUGAUACGUUUUAUUCUAUUAGCAACAACAAUGAUGAUGGCGAUAUUGAAGCCAACAAUACACCACCGGGACAAUCUGAGAGCAGAUCCACCAUGGAUGAGAGUGACAAAAGUGACAACAACAGUUCGAAUUUUCUGGAUAUGGCCAAUCCAGCCCACCUCAUUGAAGCCACACUCGUGACACAAGACAGCAAAGAACAUGACGACGAAGAUGCCACCAACUCUGCAAUCAACCAGGACAUUCCAAGGGCAGAAGUUGUCCAAGGCAAUUCACAUGAACAAACCAAUGAUGACAAGUCUUGUUUGUCAUCGAAAGGAGCCAAAUGGUUGUGCUGCUGGAUAUCGGCCCUCCUGGCAGUGGUUGCUGUCAUGGGGAUUGUCUGCGGGACUGGGUCCUGUAGUUCUGCCGAUACCAAUGAGUCCACGCCAUCAUCGUCACCAACAUCGUAUGGUUCCAUCUCCACAACCAGCACAACCACUACUAGUCCAAGUACCGCCGUCAUGACUCCAACUAUAUCAGACACCUACGACAUUCGCCAAGAUUUUCCAGACUACACACUUGAAGCUAUCGACCGAGAUGCACAAUCCCCACAAGCCAGAGCCUUUCAUUGGCUCUCCAACAGCUUCAACAGCUCCGUCUUGCAAGCCAUGCCAACAUGGAGGAUUCACCAACUGAUGGCACUCGGCACCAUCUACUACUCGUUUGAUGAAUGGCCAUCGGAUCAUAUCAACGAGACGCAUUGGCUCGAUGCGUCGCGUUCCGAAUGUGAUUGGACGCCGUUUCCAAUACAGCUACCCACAAAUGUGGUGGAGGAACACGACGUGUAUACUAUUGAAUGCACCGACCAACACGUCACGGCUCUGCGAUUGAGCUUUUUGUCCCAAAACUAUCGUCCGCAACAACCAGAGGAGGACUUUGCAUUGCAGGGGAAGCUUCCACAAGAAAUUGAACUCUUGUCGAAAUUACAAACUUUGACCGUAUCCUGCCCCAGGAGUGAUGGUUGCAAUUGCAACUGUCUUUCUAUCACGGGAGGUGGGCUGGCAGAUGAAAUUGAAUCGCUGCGCGAAUCACUCCCUUGA